CCCCAGUAGAACCCAGUAGAAUCCGGAUCAUCAUGGCGGAUCUGAACCGUCAGCUCCAGGAGUAUCUGGCCCAGUCCAAAGCCGGUGGGGCCAGCACCGUGUCGCAGUCCGGCUCCAGCACCACGGUGGACCUGGACGGUGCCGAGCCGGUCCCCGGCAGCUGGUUCGGCCGGUGGUCCAGCCCGUGGUCCGGGAGCCGCGGCGGCGGUCUGUCCGGACAGAGCGCGGGCGGAACCGGAGGCUUUUCGUGGCCGUGGUCCGCGGAGCCGGACCCGUGCCUGCCGGGUCUGAGCCGGCGGCAGCGGCUGGCGGCCUCCGGGGUGUGCGCCGCCUUCUCCGCGCUGUGCUUCGGCCUGUCGGCUCUGUACGCGCCGCUGCUGCUGCUCUACGCCCGGAAGUUCGCCCUGCUCUGGUCGCUCGGAUCACUGUUCGCCAUCGCGGCGGCGGCGAUUCUCCGCGGCCCUAGCAGGAUGGCCGCCGGCCUGCCCACGUCCCCCGGGGCCGCAGUGUACCUGACCGCCCUGGCAGGGACUCUGUACGCGGCCUUGAGCCUCCACAGCACCGUCCUGACGGCACUGGGAGCCGGCCUGCAGGUCGCUGUGAUCCUCGGCGCCGUGGUGUCGCUGCUUCCUGGGGGCGGAGCCGGGAUGCGCUUCGUGGGAGGGUUGGCGGCGUCUGCUAUCAAGAGGACGGUGACCGGGAAAACCAUGCCCAUCUGACCCAGGACCGGACGCAGCGGAGGACCGGGACAGUGUCCAAAGGCGGGGUCCGAGACCCCCCCACCCCACCCCGGGCCCGCUGAGGGGUCUGUAGGACCUGGGUUCCAGACAGGGCUCAGAUGAACAUGUGAUCGAUCCAUGGUGAUUCUGGAUUAUCAGCUGACGGUUCAUACCCAUCUGAUACCGGUGUGUCCUGGACUGUCCAGGGGUCAGUGAAGGCACCAUGAACCAAACGGAAGCUGCUGACCUCUGACCUCUACAUGGACACAUCUGAGGACCACACUGGACUUUCCUGCUGGUUUGAACCCGUAAGGCGUUCAGGCAUAAGAGGAGAAAUAAAAACAGACAGCAUUUAGACUGAAGGUCCUGGUCCUAUGUGACCUUUGACCUCUGCUGUCAGUGUGGUCAGUUCAUUAAACGUGGAUCAAACAGACUGUGGUGGGUUUGUCCUUCAGGUGUUGGACGUGCAGUGACCUCUAGUGGUGGACAUCACAUGUCUUCUGUCCAGGGGGUCAUGGGAGAUGGAGUCCAGAUGAAGACAUACCCAUGAUGCCUUGGGUCAGUUCCCACGGGGUCAGCGUAGUCCUGAUCAAACCCAGUCUGUGGACCCGUUGAAUCCAGGUGUUUCUUUUCUAACAGGGGUCUGGGAUCCAAAACAAUAAGGACUAAUGUCAGAAUGUAGUUUUAUAUUAUGGGAUAGAUAUCAUUAGUUUGGUUCAGUUAUUCUCUUUGUUUCUAAAAUGACUCACAGAUUAUUCUUGUAAUAUUAUGACUUUAUUUUCCAAAUAUGACAACACUAUUCUCAUAAAAAUGUGACAUUAAUUUCAUUAAAUUGAGUUUUUUUUUUUUUUUUAAACUAUGAUUUUA